CAGUAAACAUGACGCUGAAAGUUUUUCGCCUGUUUUAAAGCAAGUUAGAGCGCCGCUGGAGCCAUCCGUCGCGAAGAACUUAAAUAGAGUGAAAUCAAAACAACUGCCCACCGCGACCACACCACACACACCGCGGUAAAUCAGAUUUGUUUCGUUCAUUUUGUUAGUUUGGCGGAAUUCACUUAAGUGGCGUUUUAAAAGUUUUGUUUGUUUGUUUGUUUUAAAAGGAUGUUUGAAUUCUAGUUUUUCACAAUAUGGGGGGUGGGGGUAAUAUAUAGUAAUAUUCUAUAUUUCUGUGACAUGCAGUCUGAAUUUAUGCUGCAGAGAUAGCCAGUUUAUCUUCUAUAUUAUUCGCAUAGGAGGUCAGAAGUACAGGAAACGUCCAACAGUCUGAAUCCACAUGAAAGUAAAACGAUGCGCAUGACAACAGCCGGUGUAAUUCCACACUGACUCGAAAGUGUUCACACCUAACUUACCUGUUGGUCUCCUGAGUCAUUGUCAAGGGAGACCGCUGCCAUGUCGAGAACAUUGUUGAGAUGUUGAGCAACAGACCACAAACUGCCAAAUCAAGCCUUUCGCACGCACACCUGUGUUUCAGCUGGUAGGCUCAGAUCACAGGCAAAGGGAGAUGUUGCACACAAGGUGAAUUCAGCUGGACAGCGAGAGAUGAUGCAGCUGGCUGUGGUGGCUUGUGGAGACAGACACGGAGAAGCUGUCAACAUGCUCAAGACCGCAGCAAUGCUCAGCAGCCGAGCCUUGAGAUUUCACAUCUUUGCAGAGGAGCAGUUACACACCAGCAUAAAAACAGCACUGGAUUCCUGGCCAGCUUUCAUCCGAGCAAAAUUCAGCUAUGUUAUUCACCCCAUUUCAUUCCCCCAUGAGAAACAUGAAGAGUGGAGUCAGCUUUUCAAGCCAUGUGCAUCACAGAGACUCUUCUUACCAAUGAUUCUGAAGGAGGUGGACUCCUUACUCUACGUGGACACCGAUGUCCUCUUCCUGCAGCCUGUAGAGCUGAUCUGGGACAUGUUGACGCACUUUAACUCCACACAGUUAGUAGCCAUGGCACCAGAGCAUGAGGAGCCGCGGAUUGCGUGGUACAGUUGCUUCUCCCGGCAUCCGUAUUAUGGAAAAACUGGAAUAAACUCUGGCGCCAUGCUGAUGAAUUUGACCCGGAUGAGAAUGAUACAAUUCAAAAAUGGCAUGACUUCUGUUGGUCUGCACUGGGACGAGCUUCUGAUGCCUCUAUUACAGAAAUACAAGCUUAACAUAACCAGGGGUGAUCAAGAUCUGAUCAAUAUCAUCUUUCAUUACAAUCCAGAGAUGGUAUUUACCCUCCCCUGCAACUGGAACUACCGUCCUGACCACUGCAUCUAUGGCAGCAACUGCAUCCUGGCAGAGGAAGAGGGUGUUUUAAUGCUACAUGGCAACAGAGGAGUGUUUCACAGCAACAAACAGCCAGCCUUCAAGGCUGUGUAUGAUGCUUUCAAACAUUACAUAUUUGGAGAGGAUCUCAUAAAAUCAUUCUUGUUACCCCUGGAGGAGGCGCUGAACAGAACCACUCACACAUACUGUGGGAAAGUUAGUAAUUUCUUUACCAGAGGACUUGGAAUGUCUGCAAGGAAGAUCCAGAGAAUGCUUCCAGCAGGUGGCUGAGCUGUAAUAAUCUUGCUGAAUAAUGACAGAAAUGUAUUCUCUGAGACAGGAUAGGAGCGUCCCUGCUCAUCCAUUAGAAUCUGUGCAAUAUUAGUAGAAUGGUUGAAUGAUGAAAUGUGAAUUUAAACUGAUAGAUAUAUAUAUAUAUAUAUAUAUAUCCUAGUUAAAGGGACAGUAAAAAAAAACAAAUAAAAAGUCAUUAUUCACCCAAAUGUCAUUCCAAAUUUGAACGACUUAAUUUCCAGAAACAAAUAAGGUAAAUUGUUGUGACUACUACUAUGCUUCUUCUGUAGUGCUUUUGAAUGUACUGUUUCUUUAAGACUGAUAUUAAAUGUGCUGCAAAAAGGUCAAAGCAUAAAUUGGGAAAUACUUGAAAAUGUAAAUAUCGUAUUAAUUUUACAUAAUGUUCAUAUGAAAUAAAAAUAUAUAUCACUAAUUAGACUUUGUGAC